GUAUUGUUUGCAAACAACAAUAUUUUUAAAUAUUAUUACUCAGCAUAGUCUGCGAGCAGCUCAUUCAAAUUGAAAGAGUCAAAUACAGAAGUGUUAAUUAUAUUCAAGAUGGGCUUUACAAUGUACGACCAAAGAUGUAAUAACUUGUAUGAUCGCAUCAAACAACUCUUGGUAUCCUAUGAAUGGAGUGAUUGUUGCUUCAAAGUAUGUGACAAAAAGUUUAGAGCACACAAACUUAUUUUAGGAAUCAGUAGUCCAGUAUUUGAAGCAAUGUUUUACGGCCCUUUGUCUACUGAUGAUGACAUCACUAUAGUUGAUAUUGAACCUAAUAUCUUUCAACUCCUAUUGAAUUAUAUUUAUACUGACAAUGUUGAUAUUACCUCAAUAGAAGAAGCCUAUGAUCUGUUGUAUGUUUCAAGAAAAUACAUGCUAGAAAACCUAUCAGAUGCAUGCAAAAUGUAUAUACAGUCUAAUUUGAACAUAGAUAAUGUGGUUACUGUUUUAAAUUAUCCUGAUUAUAUCCAAGAUAAUGAGCUUGUAGCUUCAGCACUCAAAGUAGCAUGUCAGCAUGCAGAAUUUUUGCUCAAAGAAAAGAAAAAUAACAUUUCAGUCUCGUGCAUGCAAAAAAUUCUACAAAAUGAUGAGAUUAACAUUAGUGAAAAAGAUCUGAUAUUGUGCGUGUUUCAAUGGACCGUGUCAUACUGUGAACAAAAUAAUUUUCCAAAAGAUGUUGAUUCAAGAAGAGAUAUUUUAGUUGAAAAUAGUUUACUAGAAUUGUUGAGAUUUACAACUCUAUCAUUGACAGAUUUUAAUGAAAUACUGUCUGAUAAUUGCAAUCUGCUGUUACAAUCCGACAUUGAUGACAUCAAACAAAAUUUAUUUAAGAAGGAGGACUGUAUCUCAGAACAAUUAGAAACUAUAAAUAGAAAUCCUAUUAAAAUACAGUGGUGUCUUUGCCACCGUACACCUAUAAGGUCAGAGUCGCCUUUAAUAAUUGAAGUGCAAAAUAAUAUUGUCAAGUGCAGAGUGAGAUCCAGCAAAACUGUAUUUGUCAACUCAUUUAGUGUCCAGUCUAGAAUGGCCCCAGGAGUUAAUUAUUAUAAUAAUAGUGCUACCUACCCUGAAGAAUUCACCAUAACAAUUUUGUGUGAAGCAGACAACAGUAUUAUAAAGAAGAUAUAUUACAAGAAAGAUGUAGAAUAUGAUUCGACUAUUGAUAUCCAUUUCCCUGAACGAGUUUUAUUGAAAAAACUUGUAUGGUAUGAAAUCAGUUUCUUGUGGCCCAAAGUUAGCAGGUUCUAUACAUAUUCUUAUGCAGUGCAAAGCCGAGAUAGAUGCUAUAGCAAUGGAAAGAUUCAAUUUGACUUUGAAGACUUCUCAUCCAUUGUAGAUACUGGAAGUUUUUUGAGGUCAUUGCGGUAUUGUAUGUAAUGUUAAUAAUUUAUAAUAGAUAGUAGUUACGGGAUAAGAAUUCAGAAUGAAACUUAGGCCAAGCAUGAAGAAAUACCACAUUAGUGUUGCAUUGCAUGGCAACCAAGAAAUACUUAACGGGCUUUUUUUUAAGCCUUCUCAUAACUUAUA